AAAGAGAAAAAUCAAAUAUCAAAUCGAUGACGGUUAGUUAACCCCAAGGUCCCAACUCCAACCUCAACCUCCUUGGGUUACUUUUCUCUCUCUCUCUCUUCUCUCCCCAGAAACAGAGGCACUCUGGGAGAAGCGGAGAACAUAUUUUGUCAACUUCUUUGUAGAGCUUUUACUGUGCCGGCGCCCGACGUUAUUCGGGUUGUGACGGCUUUCGAUCUCCUUUUUCCUCCUUCUGCAAUGAGGAGGAGUAACUCCUCUGACUUCCUCUUGUUCUUCGUAUCUCUCCUUUGCUUUGCUUCUUUUCCUUCUCUUUCCCAAUCUCUCAUCGACACUGACUUGGAUUUGUCUGUAGACUCCAAUGCCACUGAUUCUAAUGCCUCACUUGCGAGAUCCAGAGAAGAUAGCUUUGCUGGUAUGAUCGAUCGAGCAUUGGAGAAGGAAUUCCCGGAAAAUGAACAGGCUGCUGGAGACACUGAUGCUGGCAGCUUUAACAACAGUGUUGCCGAACAACAGGCGGUUCUGGAAACCGUUGCUAGAGUCAAGCCCAAGAAAAAUGAAACCAAGGAAGAGAAGUCAUUUCAACUUCAUGAUGUUUUUAAUUUGGACAACGAGAAUCGAGCAGAAGAUAUGCCAACCUUAAUAGAUAGAAAGGACAACGUGUUUAUUAUUUCUAAUCCCAAAUCAAAAUAUCCUGUGCUGCAAUUGGAUUUAAGAUUGAUAUCAGAUCUUGUAGUUGUUAUUGUAUCUGCAACCUGUGGUGGCAUUGCUUUUGCAUGUGCUGGGCAGCCAGUUAUUACUGGAUAUUUGCUGGCGGGAUCUCUUAUUGGACCGGGCGGGUUAAGUUUUGUCAGUGAAUUGGUGCAAGUUGAAACGGUAGCUCAGUUUGGGGUGAUUUUCCUUCUUUUUGCAUUGGGACUGGAGUUUUCUGUAUCAAAGCUUCGAGUUGUUCGAGCCGUUGCUGUUCUAGGAGGCCUGCUCCAAAUUUUCCUAUUUAUGUGCUUGUGUGGUAUAACUGCCUCGUUAUGUGGUGGUAAACCUUCCGAGGGGGUGUUUGUUGGUGUAUUGUUAUCAAUGUCUUCAACAGCAGUGGUUUUGAAAUUUUUGAUGGAAAGAAAUAGUAUCAAUGCCCUUCAUGGUCAAGUCACAAUAGGCAUCCUCAUUCUGCAGGAUUGUGCUGUGGGUCUGCUAUUUGCGUUGCUUCCAGUUUUGGGUGGUACUUCUGGGAUUCUUCAAGGAGUAAUGUCCAUGACUAAGUCGUUGUUUCUCUUGAUUACAUUUCUGGCAAUCUUGUCGAUAUUAUCUCGUACUUGUCUACCCUGGUUUCUUAAGCUGAUGAUAAGCCUAUCAUCGCAGACAAAUGAACUCUAUCAAUUGGCUUCAGUUGCAUUUUGUUUACUGGUUGCUUGGUGCAGUGACAAACUUGGUCUAAGUCUUGAACUCGGUUCCUUUGCUGCUGGUGUGAUGAUAUCAACAACUGAUCUUGCACAGCAUACACUUGAACAAGUUGAACCAAUUCGCAACUUCUUUGCUGCCCUUUUCCUUGCCAGCAUUGGAAUGCUGAUUCAUGUCCAUUUCCUUUGGAACCAUGUGGAUAUUUUACUGGCAUCUGUUAUAUUGGUGAUCGUAAUAAAAACAUUUGUGAUUGCAGUGGUUGUCAAGGGAUUUGGCUAUGGCAACAAGACCUCACUCCUCGUUGGCAUGUCUCUGGCUCAGAUUGGGGAAUUCGCUUUUGUUCUUCUUAGUCGUGCUUCUAAUCUUCAUUUGGUGGAGGGUAAGCUAUAUCUGCUGCUGCUUGGUACAACAGCUCUUAGUCUGGUGACUACCCCAUUACUUUUCAAGUUGAUACCUGCUGUUGUACAUCUUGGAGUGCUAUUACGGUGGUUCUCUUCCGAUAGUAGUAGCCAAAGCGAGAUCGGGUUUAAAGGAGAGAGCCUUCGUGCAGAAAAUGCUAAGCGUAUUUCAUUGAUGGUCCAAGGCUCUCAUGAUUCAUGAGUUUUUUUAAAAAAUAAAAUGAAAAGAAAAGAAAAAGAGAGAAAAUAAAAGUAAAAAAAUGAAAUUUCCAGCUUUACCUGAUGGGCUUCUUAAUACUCUUGGAGGGCAGGUAGCCAAGAGUUCAAAGGAGGUAGACUGAUUCACAAUUUUCCUUUAUUAUAGAAAGCUCUUAGUGAUGUCUGUUACACCUCCAACAAAGUUUUCAAAUGAGGCAGUCUCUGUUUGGAAAAUGAAGAGUGUGGGAGAUGGGAUUCGAAAGAACAGGAUCCGGUCGUCAAUGAACGUUUGACACAUUUGAAGCUUCACCUCUGAUUCUGGCCUCCUUGCUACUACUAAGUACUAACCCGUGUGCCCAAUUUUGUGUAAAAUAGUUUCCACCAUGUAAUGUAAUUCAAUUCGACUUUUGAUCCCUUUUCUCACAGGGCCUGUUUGCUAAAUGAAAUGGGCUUUGUGGCUGCUGAAAUGGAAUGUACCAAUUCAUCUCUAGGUCAUUGCAAAGUUCUUGAAUGAAUUGCUUUGGUGCUUUGUUUCUUC